AUGAAGAGCCGUCAACUGCCGUCAGACGAACCCUCCGUGCGCCUGAAGGCACGGGGUCGCGUCAGUGAACAAACCUUCCCAUUCAACGAUGGCGGUGUGCGUUCGGGAACUUGA